AUGGAUGGAACAUUUGAAGAACUAUUAAAUGACAAUGAUCAUGACUUAUUUCGGGAUUUGGAAUUAACAUUUAGUUAUUGUAAAGCAUCUGACAAUUCAACAAAACAUGAAAUCAAGGCAUUGAAACAAGAACAGAAGGAAGAAGGAGAACUGAAGGAAGGACAAGAAGAUGGUAACAGGUUUAGAAGGGUUGGCGAGGAAGACAUAAAGGUUUUUAAAGAGUCUCACCAGUCAAAGAGAACAGGAGAAAACACAAAAUGGGCAGUAAAGGUAUUUCAAGAUUGGCAUAGAUCUAGGUAUGCUGAGCCUCUAAACACGUCUACUGUCUCAGAAGAGUUACUUGGCCCGAUUUUGUUCUACUGCGAAGUCACCCCGCAGCCAUCAGAAAGGCGCUCAACGGCUUUCGGAGCUGGGUCUAAGGUAUACCGCAAGAAUAGUAUGAAGAACAUACGAUCUGGUCUGAACAGAUAUCUGACCGACCUUGGCCGCGACAUGGACAUUGUUCAUGGCAAAUCAUUUAAGGCUGCAAAUCGCACACUUGAUGGCUUUAUGAAGGAACAAACUAAGGCCGGACUUUCCCGACCCACACAUCACAAGCCUAUCAUCGAGCAAAGCGACCUUGAAACCAUUUCCAGGUUCUUCGCCAAUGCUCCAUGUUCUCCAAUUAUUCUUCGACAGUGUGUAUGGUUCCAACUUGCUCUCCACUUCGUGUCACGCGGCCUUGAAUUUCAUCACCAGCUUCAAAUCGACUCCUUUGAGUUUACUGAAGACCAUGAUGGAAUUGAGUAUGUCACCCUGAAGCACGAGACGCAGCAAAAGAAAUCCAGGGUGGGCUUACCAAGGAUGAGGCUCCAUCAGACCGCAGAAUUUAUACGCCAGGUGGUUCAUGUUGUCCUGUAG